AUGUCGUUAUUCAGUGUACAAGCGAGGAAGCAUACAGCUUAUUAUGACCAUCUAAUGUCAACAUCAACAUCCAGGACACCGGGCAGAGAGCGCCUGGCGGACCGAAAAGUGACAGAGGGUGCGCUGUGCAAAAGUGAGAGAACAUCCGGAGAGUCUGGAAGUGAAGACAGCAGGUCAUCUAAUAAAAGCCGACAGGUAAACAGGACGUAUGUCCUCUCUGCGCUGUCAAAAAGCGGCAACGGGCCGCAGACACCUUACCGUGGCCGACUCACUCUGCAGAGGAGGUCAAGGAGGAAGACCGGGUCUGAAACAGCGGAGAAAACCAUGUCUGAAAGCAGCCAGAACACUACACCAGCUCCGGAGAAGAGACUGACCCUGCAGCGCCGUACCAGAACUCCCUCAAUGGAUAAAAGCGCACACGGGGAGCUACAGGCCAGUGCCGCUGGGGUCAGUGCCGCUGGGCUCAGUGCCACUAGCCUGCAGCCAACGCCGAAAGUUCUUAGUGAUCCAAACGGUAGGGCACCUGGGUUAUUCAGGUCUACUAGUUUACGUGACACUGCUGCUCAUGUGGAAAACCAGAGGAGGCCGGCGUGCAUCAAGACGCCCUCUUCUUCCUCCACAAGCAGGCACGUAGAGGACCAGGGCCAAACCUUUAAAACCCCCACCAAAAAGACGCCGUUUGAGAAAGUCGCAGCCAAGAGAGACGUGUUCGAGAGACUGGCGGGGAAAGAAGCACCCAAAUUAGCUAUUGCAGUCAAAUCUGCUAGUCUGGAGAGGCCCAAAUCCCGAGCACAGCGAGCGGAGGACACAAAACCUGUCCCAGCUCCCCGGGCCAGCAAGGAGUCCGCAGGUGUUCACAGACCAAACGCCGCGCUGCAGGUGAGGAAGACAUCCACCUCAAGCCAAAAGGGAGACGUGACCCAGGCCAGGACCUCCACUCCAGCUCCAACACCUACUGAGCAGUCCCUGUCUCGCCCCUGUGAGGCUCUGAAGCAGCAGGAUUUAUUUAAGAUGGAAAACAGCGCAGUGACUGUUGCAGUCCGUGUCCGCCCUUUCAACGCCAGGGAGAAGGCAGAGAAGGCAUUGCAGGUCAUCUUCAUGAAUGGCCAGGAGACUGUUGUCCAGCACCCAGACUCCAAACAGAGCUACUCCUUCACCUAUGACUUCUCCCUCUGCUCGGUGGACGAGUGUGACCCUGCCUUUGCCAGCCAGCAGAUGGUGUAUGAGAUGCUGGCAAAGCCUCUGCUGCUGAGGGCCUUUGAAGGAUUUAACACAUGCCUGUUUGCUUACGGCCAAACAGGCUCUGGGAAGUCCUACACGAUGAUGGGCUUUGGAGAAGAGGAAGGGGUAAUCCCCCGAUUCUGCCAAGAGAUUUUUUCUAAAUUAGCAUCCAUGGAAAAUGAAGAGGUCAAAUGUCAUGUAGAGAUGAGCUACUUUGAGGUGUACAAUGAGAAGAUCCAUGAUCUGCUGGUGACUAGAGAUGAGCCAAAUCAGAGGAGGACGCCACUGAGGGUGAGGGAGCAUCCAGUCCAUGGUCCCUAUGUGGCAGACCUUUCUUUGAAUAUCGUGAGCUCUUACAAUGACAUUCAGGGUUGGCUGAAGCUGGGCAACAAGCAGAGAGCCACAGCAGCUACAGGAAUGAAUGACAAGAGCUCCAGAUCUCACUCUGUCUUCACCCUGGUUAUGACCCAGACUCAGACUGAGUUUGUGGAGGGCGAGGAACACGAUCACAGUAUCACCAGCAGGAUCAACCUGGUGGACCUGGCAGGCAGUGAACGCUGUAACUCGGCUCAGACAAGUGGAGACAGGCUCAGGGAAGGUGCUAGCAUCAACAAAUCCCUGCUCACCCUUGGGAAGGUCAUCUCUGCCCUGUCAGAACAGGCACUGACCAGAAAGAAGGUCUUCACACCGUACAGAGAGUCUGUCCUGACAUGGCUGUUGAAAGAGAGCCUCGGUGGUAACUCCAAGACGGCCAUGAUCGCCACACUGAGUCCUGCGGGCAGCAACGUGGAGGAAAGCCUAAGCACUCUGCGCUACGCCCAGCAGGCCCGCACCAUCAUUAACAUAGCAAAGGUCAAUGAAGACACCAGUGCCAAGCUCAUCAGAGAAUUGAAGGCUGAGGUGGAGAAGCUGCGAGCAGCACAGAUGAGCUCCCAGGGCGUGGAACCAGAGAGGGUCAGGCUGUUUCAGCAGGAGAUCGCUGCCUUGAAGAACACACUCUGUCAGCAAGAGAGGGAAAUGGUUGAGGCCAACCGGGCAUGGAGAGAGAAACUGGAGCAAGCUGAAAUCCGCAAACGUGAAGAGACCAAAGAGUUGCAGAAAGCAGGUGUGACAUUCAAAGUGGACAAUCGUCUUCCUAACCUGGUGAACCUGAACGAGGAUCCUCAGCUCUCGGAGAUGCUUCUCUACAUGAUCAAAGAGGGUCGAACCACAGUGGGCAAGCUCAAGUCUGAGUCCAGCCAUGACAUCCAGCUGACAGGAGCUCUCAUUGCUGACCAACACUGUGUUAUAACCAACAUCCAGGGUACUGUCAGCAUCACUCCCAUGGAAAACGCCAAAACCUUUGUUAAUGGAAACCUCACAUCUGAAUCCACUGUCCUACACCAUGGUGACAGGGUGAUUCUUGGUGGAGACCACUACUUCCGCUUCAAUCAUCCAGCAGAGGUGCAGUCUGGGAAGCGGGUGUCAUGCUGGACAGGCGCAGGCGAUGGCCACAAAGAUUUUGAAUUUGCCAAAAAUGAGCUACUUGCAGCUCAAAGGGCUCAGCUGGAGGCAGAAAUUGAAGAAGCCCAUUUGAAGGCGAAAGAAGAGAUGAUGCAGGGAAUCCAGAUGGCCAAAGAGGUUGCCCAGAAGGAGCUAUCUGACCAGAGGGCGCUCUAUGAGGAAAGGAUCCAAGACCUGGAGAGAGAGCUGAACGGGGAGAAUAAGCGGAAGCGUCAACAGGAGUUGGACCAGGAGAGGGUGGCCAGCCAGAUGGCAGAGCUGAAAAUGGCCAAGAUGGAGCUGGAGCAGGAGGUGGACGCCCACAAGAAACGUCUCCGCCUGCACAUGGAGGCCCAGGCGAUGGAGGAACAUCGUGUGCAUCAAGCGAGGAUUGUUGAGGCCCUGGAGGCGGAGAAGACAAAGAUCAGCAAAGAGCUGGAGGAGAUGCAGAAAAAAAGAGCCAUGAGAGAAAAUCAUACUCUCCAAAAUGUCUCUCCACAGUGGGAUGCCAUGAAGUUGUCCCUGAUGAUUGAGGAAGCCAAUAAGAUCAGUGCAAAACUGAAGAAAAACACAGUCUUCAGCAGACACGAAAGCUCAGAUGAUAAGAACCUGGAGCAGGGUGGUCUGCUACAGGUGCGCGUUCAAAACACAAAGCUGGGGAUCUCCACUUUUUGGAGCCUGGACAAGUUCCAAAACAACAUUGCUGCCAUGAGGGAAUUCGAGCAGGGGGAUUCCACCUCAAAAGAUGACGAUGUGUUUUAUGACCCUGAUGAUGAGUGGGAGCAAGAUAUAUCGGCCUCCUCUGCUGCCACCUCCUCCUUCUCCCGCCGAAGGAGCAGAAGCUUGUUGAAGAGCAGGAGAAUCUCAGGGCGCCUCUACGAGAUCCGGGUCCAUCCGAUUCAGAGCCUCCACAAUGCCUACUCACAGUCUGCUGGCUUGAUGGGUGUGGUCAAACCGCCCUCCACCCAUUCCGGCAGAGCAAACUUUGCCGUGCCUGGCAUCUGCAAGGAGUUGAUUGGCCAGUCAGUGGCCCGGCUGCGUGGUUGUAGUGCGACAGAAGAGAGCGUUGUGGACAGGCUGGUCUCUGAUCUGCACCUGGUGAAUGUGGCGGUUCAGAUCAUAUCUGACCUAUACAACGUCCUGGAUGAUGACAGCCAGGAAAAUGUGUUUGUGUGUAAUGUGGUGGCCCAGACGCAGCUGGUCAGGGCCACCACAGCCAUAGAGAGUGCAGUGUUUGUUACAAUGCAGUGGUUGGCCAGCAUUAAGCCCUCCUCCGGCCUGCUCUACACCGUCGCUGAGGAACUCAAGAGCCAAGUCAAGAAGAUGGGGGGAUUCUUCCAGCUGCUCGUUCAGGGUUGUGAAUCUGAGAUCACAUCAAUGGUGACGGAGGCACGGAGGAAGAGCAGUCAAUGCCUGGAUGCAGCAUUGCUUGCGCUUGGCCACCUUGCGGCAAUGACGGGUAUGCCACAGAAUGCCGUGGAGGGGGCUGCCCAGGCCACAGGCAAGCAAUCACUUGUCAUGUGUCUGCUGAAGGGGACCAAUAAGGGCAUCCGCUCUCUCUUAGAGGAGAGCCUCACCAUCACCAGAGAAAUGCUGAGAGAGGCUCAGCUGGCCUACCCCAGGACCCCAGUCAUGCAGAGCCUGAAAUCCAAGUCGCUUGACUUAGCCCGCGCUCUGCAGAGCUACAUGCAUUGUCAUAUCACGGGGAGGGAGACUGACCCAGAGGAGGGGGAGGCGGAGGAGGAUGAGGAGGCCUCAGCUUGCCAUUUGCAAAAACUGAGGACUUCAGCGAUGAAGCUGUUCCAGCUGAACAAGGCCAUCAGACAGCUGCAUUCAUCUCUGUCUACCGCCCUGCGAGGAAAACACAGAGACUCCACCCUCAGCGGCUGCAGAGAGCUGAUCUCCUCUGCCAAGGCUGUAGAUAAGCUGAUCACUGGUCUGUCCAAGGAAGGAGCAUUGACGCUGUCCCUACAGCUUCCCAGUCUCCAGAGCGUCAUGGCUGCACAAGACGAGCUCCAAUCCGCCCUGCAGUCCCUGUCCUCCUGGAGCCAAGAGGGGCAAGGAGAGAGCAGGAGCUCUGCCACUUCAGAAAAGAGCACACAAGACAAAAUUUUAACCAAAGAGAGCACUACCCCUCACAGUGCUGUUAGAAAUCGAGUCGUGAGUAAGAUAGUCUACACCUUCCCUCCAGAUGUGUUGUCCAAAGGCAGCCCACACUGGGUGUGAUGUGCAUUUAUACUAUGUCAUUCUUUAAUAAUGUGCUCGCAUCAUGUAUGAUUGUACUGUCAAUAUGAGAAAACUUUGAAUUGAGCCUCCUGCUGGUAAGAAGAAUUUUUCAAAACAAUAUAGAAACUUUUACUACUUCAAUAAAUUCACUUGGCUUGAUUUGACAAGGACCCAAAUCUUUUAUAUUGCAUGUCACUAUUGAGUAAACUGCAGACUCCUGGUAAAGACUCCGCCUAAUAAUAAGUUUUGAAUGGGUCAUGCAGCAGACACUGCACAGACUUCUUUAGUGUUGCCAUCCAAGUUGAUAAAAUUAUUUUUGUAAUAUCACAUAGCACCAACUCUAAUAAAGUGAAUCUAAUAAAUAUGGCAAACAAGUGGAUUUAAUAUGUGGACGCUUCAAAACUACAGCGAUAAUUCCCAUCAUCAUGUCACUUCUGAUAUGGUGUGAAAAGCAAGAUGUGCUGGAGAUUAUUUCUUAAGUCUAGUAAUAAUUUGCUACUAAAAGCUUUAAAGGUAUUUUGGAUACAUUUAUUGGGACUUAAACUCUACACAUGGUGGUCCCUUAACAGUGUCAUUCAUGAUGUAUAAUCAAAAUUAGUAACAGUUAUUGGCUAUAAAGAGAAUGUUCACAUAUGCUGUACCAGGCCUCCUCUGUUGUACUUUAUUGUUCAGAGGCCACUAAAUUAUUCUUUUUUUUUUUUUUUCAUUUUAUAUGAAUUGAUACAGGAGGACAAUAUUGAGCAGCUCAGGUAGUGUUUUGUUAAAAAAAUAAUGAAGGGUUUUCUCCCUAUUCUGUUGUACAUAAUUUCUUUCUUGUAUAAAGGCAUGAUGUGUCCUCAUUUGCAUGAGGUUUCGCUCUUGUAUGAUGUAUAACAUGUACUACACCAAUUAGCACUCCAGGAGAGACUGCUUUCACAAAAGAGUGUUUUAUGUCCUUUUGGUAUUGUGUAUCACAUGGUCAAGAAAAUUAUAUUUCAAAACAAUAUAGAAACUUUUACUACUUCAAUAAAUUCACUUGGCUUGAUUUGA